UCUUGUGAUUUUGGGCCACGGCAGUAAGCCCCAGCUCUCGGUCUGCCCUGUGAUCACAAGGGUAAACGACCGAUACACUUACAACCAUUCUGUUUUUCAUUUUCAGUACAAUAUUCAAUAACAUGAGAUAGUCAACACUAUUAUAAAAUAGACUUUGUGUUAGAUGAUUUUGCCCAACUGUAGGCUAAUGUUAAGUGUUCUGAGCACGUUUAAGGUAAGCUAGGCUAAGCUAUAAUGUUUGGUAGGUAGGUGUAUUAAAUGCAUUUUUAAUUUACGAUAUUUUCAACUUACGAGGGAUUUAUCAGGACGGAACCCUGUCAUAAGUCGAGGAAGAUCUGUAUUUGGAUGAGGAAACCUGAGGCUCUGACCAUGGUUACACAACUUUUAAGAGUCUAUUCUGAGUCUGGUGACAGUGACGUGGCUGUGCCCCAGGCUUUCCUGCUGUGGCCCCUCCAUGAGCCUGCAGGUGCCCUGAUGGAGCCCCAGUCCUGCCCUCGAAGCUUGGCUGAAGGCUUCCUGGAGGAGGAGCUUCGGCUCAAUGGUGAGCUGAGCCAACUGCAGUUUUCGGAGCCUGUGGGCAUCGUCUACAAUCCCGUGGAGUAUGCGUGGGAGCCACAUUGCAGCUACGUGACCCGCUACUGCCAGGGCCCCAAGGAAGUGCUCUUCCUGGGAAUGAACCCAGGACCCUUUGGCAUGGCCCAGACUGGGGUGCCCUUUGGGGAAGUGAAUAUAGUCCGGGACUGGUUGGGCAUUGGGGGGACUGUGCUGACCCCUCCCCAAGAGCACCCUAAGCGACCAGUGCUGGGGCUGGAGUGCCCACAGUCAGAGGUGAGCGGUGCCCGAUUCUGGGGCUUUUUCCGGAACCUCUGUGGACAGCCUGAGGUCUUCUUCCGUCACUGCUUUGUCCACAAUCUGUGUCCUCUGCUCCUCCUGGCUCCCAGUGGGCGCAACCUCACCCCUGCUGAGCUGCCUGCCAAGCAUCGAGAACAGCUUCUUGGGGUUUGUGAUGCGGCCCUCUGCCGGCAGGUGCAGCUGCUGGGGGUGCGGCUGGUGGUGGGAGUGGGGCGGGUGGCCGAGCAGCGUGCGCGGCGGGCUCUGGCAGGCCUGAUGCCCGAGGUCCAGGUUGAGGGGCUCCUGCACCCCUCGCCUCGCAGCCCACAGGCCAACAGGGGCUGGGAGGCAGUGGCCAAGGAGAGACUGAAUGAGUUGGGGCUGCUGCCGCUGCUAACAAAAUGAGUGCCCCUGGGGCACAGAGGACACAGUCAAGGCCCCAAGUCAUUCUUGGGCACGCAGAUCUACACGCCUCCUGGACGAGCAGCAAGGUCCUCCUCAGCUCCCUGCUGACUGGAAUCACGUUCUUUGAUCAUUGGAACUGUCUUCCCACCUGCCCGGGUGGUCCUGACACUAAUCCUGCCUGCCCUUGAUUCCUGCUGUCUUCACCCUCUUUGAGCGUUGCCUCUUGGGUCUCGUGGUGCCUAACUCCACAGAGAAUCAGCACCUGCCAACUGCUCUACCUCUCUGUUUCCCUGGGAGUCUCUAUUCAGCUGAGAGUGACCUACACGGUGAUUUCUGAGGUCAUAUUUGCUGUUUAAGAGAAAAGAUCCUGCCAGGAUCCCCACCCGUCCUCAUAGAACAGCUUUCUUCAGCCG